AUCUCUCUCUUAUUACUGCCCCUGUAUCUUGGAGGCUAUGCGGCACGGAGAUGGCGCCGAAAUUCUUAAAUAACAUUGAUCUUAUGAGGGAGAUGAAAUAAUUGAUAAUUGCUGUGCCUCCUCGACGAGAGUAUCAAUAUGUUCUGCAAACAAUAGCAGAUGACUGCAGGGGACAGAUGAUUUCUGAGGAAUACAGAGAUUAUUAUCAAUCUCUCUAAGGUUUUUUUUUUUUUUAAUCUAGAGAGGAAUUUUAGAAAAUGAAUCAGAGGCAGAAUAAUUAAAGUUGGAGAGGGACCAUCUUGACCUGGGGAUGGAUGGUGGAGCGCGUUGCAUCGUGGGGAGACAGAUGUGAAGGAUUGGCCAGCACAGAGAGCACCGAGGCUGUUCUGUAAACACAGCAGCCUCGCAAAGCUGAGCUCAGAAGGGACAGCACGGCUGGGUGUGAGCGGCUGUGGCCGCAGGCAGCUGAGAGCAGUGACACCAUCACACACUGCUCCCGUCUCUGCUGCACGGGGAGGGCAGCAGGGCUCAGAGGCUGGCAAACGGCUCCUGCCCGUCAUCUUCUCUGCUCGCCUCCUGGGGAUGAGACUUGGGCAGGAAUAUUUGCUUGGGUGCAGGGUGAAGAGCAUGGAGAGGUGGUUUGAAGACAAGGAACUGCCUGUGGGUGCCUAAACCUGAUAUUCUGAGCACCUAAACAUGAUAUUCUGAGCACCUAAACAUGAUAUUCUGAGCACUUAAGCCUGAUCUGCUGAGCGCCUGAGCCUGACAUCCUGAACACCUGAGCCUGACAUCCUGAACACCUAAGGCUGACAUCCUGAACACCUGAGCCUGACAUCCUGAACCUAAACCUGGCAUCCUGAACCUAAACCUGGCAUCCUGAACACCCAGCUGAGCUCGAAGGUGGAGGGGGAUACCAAAGCCCACGGAGCAGCCCAUCACAGCUACCACAGCAACCCUCUGGGACCUCUUGGGAUCGUGAUCCCGGGAAAAACGACAGCGAAAUUCAGUGGGACUCGGGAUUCUAAACCCAAAUAAAAGCUACUGCCAGACUUCAGCAGGUCUGCAUUGGGACUGAGGCUGGGAGAAGCCUCUGGAGGAAGCAAACUGUGCUGACAGGUCCUGGGGGAGCAGGGAUCCAAGGAGACCUUUCCUUGCUUGCUCCACGAUGAUCUCUGCUUGAGGGCUCCUGGCCACGUGUGGAAGAGGCAGAAGAAACCUCUGCAAGCUCCUUCCCAGCUCUGCUCGACCAAAAGCAAGGAAAUAUUUUUGGAUAAGAGCGUGGGUUGGUGGAUCUUCUUGAAGGAUGUCUGGCCAGGACCCUGAGGACUUUGGAGCAGAAAUCCUGUCAGAAAAGUCCCGGAUGAUCCCUGGGCUCCCCCCAUAUGACAUGAACGACCAGCUCCUUCCCAGGGAGCCCCGCAGCCCCUGGUGCUGCCUGGCCUGGACCCUGGUGAUAGGAACCAUGAACUGCCUGGUGUUCCUCCUGAAUUUGCUCCUGAUGUUUGUUAUUUUCACCGUCGUGCUGCUUCCUACCAUCGUGGUGGUUUACUUUGGCUUCCAGUGCCACUCCCAGGUGCUGCACUCCUCUGCCCGCUACUGCAAGAGCAUCCUGGACGACAACAGCUCCUCUGCCCUCAUCAUCCUGGGCUUUGUCAUCAUGUCCCCGCUGCUGGUGGUGGCCAUGGCCGUUUACUGCAGCCUGGCACGGCGCCUGCAGCUCCUGGUGUGCUUCCAGCCCUACAGCCUGGCCCUGUACAAGGGGGGCCGCUGGUGCCACCGUGGGGAGGGGGCUGCGUGCUGUGCCAGGGGCUGCGGCAGCCAGCUCAAGGCCUGGGUGUGACCCUGCAGUGGCAGCAGCGUCCCCUCCCUGUGCCUCACCCUCAUCCUCAGCCCUCCCUGGGGAGCGGCCGCUGCUCGGCCGGGUCACCCUGGGCUUCAGCCCAAAAAUCUGCAGCAGAGGGAAAACACAGCGUGGGAGAGGUGUGGGGAGGGCAGGACAGCUGCGUCCUUCCAAACCACCCUGGGCUUUAUCCCAAAAAUCCCAGGGCAGCCGCAUCCUUCCAAACCACCCUGGGCUUUAUCCCAAAAAUCCCAGGGCAGCUU